GUGGGCACGUGAACACUGGCAACUUCCCACAUGGCGGCGGCGGUGGACUGGCCAAGUGGCCCUCGCAUCAGUCUGCGCUGGGACGCUCAGCAAGCUGCUCCACGCUGGCGCUUCUCUCCGCCAUUGCCUUGCUCUAGAGACCCUACCCGGAGAGUGCCUGCCACCUCACCUGACACUCCAGCCAGCCAUCAGCUUGCUUCUUUGAUCCAACAGCUGGCAGCCACCUUGACCACCACACGCUCGCUUACAAACAAAAACCGUCCUGGACAAAUUGUGGUUACCGCUUACUCCCGAGGCUUUUGCUGCUGUGUGGGCUUGUGUCUGUGUCGGUGUAGCGGGUAAUGUGGUUAGCCGAGUGACCCAAGAGCGCGCCCGGACCCCACCACCACAAACACCACCACCACCACUUCACCACUUCACCACCACCCACCACAUCACCAGCACCGACGCCGCCUGCUCCUCAACUCCUGCCGCUGCUGCUUUCACCGCUGUCGUUCGAGCAUUUAUUGGAGGCGUGGUGAGACUCCGCCUGGAGUCUCGACUACCGGCCAACUGGAUCCCACGGCCGCAGCCGCCGCCGCCGCGCACAGCGCCCCCUACAGCGCCAUGGUGAGCCCGGGGGUGCCCAACAUGGCAAUGGUGAACGUCAACAACUUCCUCAACGUCAAGGAUUCGCGCUGGCUCCAGCUGGAGGUAUGCCGCGAGUUCCAGAGGAACAAGUGCACGCGGCCGGACACGGAGUGCAAGUUCGCUCACCCGCCGCCCAACGUCGAGGUCCAGAACGGACGCGUCACCGCUUGCUACGACUCUAUUAAGGUAAGUGCCGAUGCCCCGUCACGUCCUACUUUUCAGAGGUGUGAAUGCGAGCCAUGAUUCUAUUGCUACUUC